AUGGCUUUUCUAAUGAAAAGUAUGUUGAGCAACCAGGUAAAGAAUUUGGGACUUGGAGGUGGAGGGGAAGAAAGCAAAGAAGAAAGCACUCCUUCUGAUCCAGCAGCAGCUGCAGGAAUGACCAGAGAGGAGUAUGAGGAAUAUCAAAAGCAAAUGGUUGAGGAGAAGAUGGAAAGAGAUGCAGCAUUUGCACAGAAAAAAGCAGAGCGAGCCUGUCUGAGGGUUCAUCUGAGAGAAAAGUACAGACUCCCAAAGAGUGAAUUGGAUGAGAAUCAAAUACAGAUGGCUGGAGAUGACGUGGGUUUGCCAGAAGACCUUCAGAAGAUGGUGGCAGAAGAUCAAGUGGAGGAAGAGGACAAGGACUCUAUCCUGGGACAGCUGCAGAACAUCCAGAAUAUGGACAUGGAUGCGAUCAAAGAAAAAGCACAAGCCACCUUCACUGAAAUCAAACAGGCAGCAGAGCAGAAAUGUUCUGUGAUGUAG